CAUAGCAACAACAAUGGCCGCUUUUCGCAGACUGGCUUCAAUCGUAAACAGGUUAAAUGUCUGGUCCGCUCCGAGAAACGAGCUCCUCGGCGCUCAGACGACUACCGGAGGGAGGACACGGAGAUGCCUCGCUGUUGGGAUGUGUCUCGCAACCGGGGGAGCGGUGGCAUUUUAUUUUUACAACGACAUGUACAGUCAAAGAUGCAGGAAGAGGAUGGGAUAUAGCUUCAGUGGCCGCGACCUGCUCCCUUCCCUUUCCGCUGUAGCAGCACAGCAAAAGGCACAGCCAUUUGACUUUGAGGAAGGGGACGUGUACAUGUCGUCCCACGAGCAGCGCUUCCGUCUGUUCAGCUCAGUGGAAUAUGAGGGACAGCUUUACAUGACUCCGCAGAACUUCAUCGAGUCCGUCACCAUGAGCGAGCCCCGAAACAAGAAGCCGUGGAGGUCCCUCACUAAACAGGAACUGCAGAAGAUCUUGGUAGAUACUCCAGCGGUGUGGCAGGGAACGUCCAAACUGUUCCGGAACCUACGGGAACGAGGCAUCAUCGCUUACACCGAGUAUCUCUUUCUGCUCUGCAUUCUGACAAAGCCCCACGCAGGCUUCAAGAUCGCCUUCAACAUGUUCGACGCGGACGGGAACCAGAUGGUUGACAAGAGGGAGUUCCUAGUGCUGCAGGAGAUCUUCAGGAAGAAAAAUGAGAAGAAGGGGAGGAAAGGAGAUGUGGAGAAGUCAGCUCAGCUGAGUAUGCAGCUCUAUGGAUAUCAGGUUGCGCCCAUCAACAGCGUGGUUAAAAAAGACAGUCAGGAGUUUGUGGCCAGGAGCUAUUGGGACGUGUUGAGGCGCGGCGCCAGUCAAGCCCUGUUUUCAGACCUGGCAGAGCGUGCGGAGGAGGGUAUGAUGAUUGACACCACACUGCUGGUGCACUUCUUUGGGAAGAAGGGGAAGGCGGAGCUGACCUUCGACGACUUCUACAGGUUCAUGGAUAACCUACAGACAGAGGUUUUGGAGAUAGAGUUCCUGACCUACUCUAAAGGCAUGACCACCAUCAGUGAGGAGGACUUUGCCCGCAUCCUGCUGCGCUACACCAACGUAGAAAACAUCAGCAGCUACCUGGACAACAUCCACCAGAGCAUCCCUGAUGAGAAGAGACAACAGGGCAUCACCUUCGACGAGUUCCGCUCCUUCUUCCAGUUCCUCAACAACCUGGAGGACUUUGCCAUCGCCAUGCAGAUGUACAACUUUGCCAGUCGCUCCAUUGGCCAAGAUGAGUUUGGGCGGGCUGUGUACGUGGCCACGGGCCUGAAGCUGACACGUCAUCUGGUCCACACCAUCUUCAAGAUCUUUGACGUGGACCACGAUGACCAGCUGAGCUACAAGGAGUUCAUCGGCAUCAUGAAGGACCGGCUGCACCGCGGAGGGAGGGUGAACAGGAAACACCACGCCUCCUUCCCCAUCUGCGUGCGUGCUGAGGCCGGGAAACAGGUCCGCCGGCUCUGGAGGAGGUUCCAGGCCCAGGUUUAGAGGAGGAGGAAGAGGAUGAUGAGGAGAAGAGGAAGAGGAUGAAGAAGUGGAGGAAGAUGAGGAGAAGACGAUGAAGUCGAGGAAACGCGGUGGAGGGGGACUGGAGGUGAAGGAUUCAAUGAACCUUCUGCAGGGGAACAUUGUGGUUCCAAGUGGUUCUAAGUCUGCGUUCUAAGCCACCAUCCCCUCUACUAACAUGCAGAGAAGCUGCCGUUUUUGCAACAGACAUCUCAUUGGUUUCAGUUGUCCAGUUCAUCCAAUCGUGAAUCAAUUCCGCAAUCCAUUUUCAUCCCAUUGCAAGUAGGCCAGGGGUGUAUAGCCUACAUUACCGUACCUAGUAUUUAAGCAGUACUCAU